AUGAUAAUUUGCGUCCUGCUUUUGAUGAUGGAGGCAAAUUCUUUUUGGGGAAGAAGAAGACGGCGACGGAGGGCCGCUCCCCCGCCCUGCAGCGCUGUUGACUGCCUCGUCAGUAGCUGGACAAGCUGGAGUUCCUGCUCGCAUCAAUGCGGUACUAGCGGUACACAGACACGAACGAGGCGGCAGACGCGGGCCGCUUCUUGUGGUGGAAGAUGCCCUUAUUCUCUGCGGCAAACGCGAGCUUGCAACCGAGAUACCUGUCAAAUUGGUGGCACUCCUCAUAGGAGCGGCUGUAGCUGUAGACCGGGAUAUGGUGGAAAGUGCUGUGGCCAAGGUGAGUGCAUGUCACUCCCACAAGUUUUUCUUUGUAUGUCAACCUACUACAUGUAAGAAGUGAUUGCUCUUUUCAAAUCAGCGGCUGUAGCUGGCAGAGUUCGAGCGUGCUGUGAGCAUGGUGAUAAUUGUGCAUAUCACUUCCACAUUUUUUUAGUGUUUCAGUCAAUGGUAAAAGGAAAAAAGUAAGAUGGUGGGAGUGAGAUUAAAUCUGUUCUGUGCGGACGAAGAUUCCCGCCCAAUUAACUUAAGCGUUUCUUAGUUCAAGUUUCUUUCAAAUACAUUUCUAAGGCGAAUGAUCAUGAUAAAUUGCUUCAAUAGCGUUUUUCAAACGCAAGCAAGCUUGCAUAGGAAAUAGAGUUAACUUGAUAAAAUCUUUGAGUACUGAAGUAUGACAGAACGGUAAGCUAUCGCAAUGCUAUGUAAACUGUAAGCACGAAAGAGUAGCUGUAUGUAUACCUCUUGGCUUCACCUUUGGUAGAACCGUGAAUAAAGGUUAUCUAGAAUUUUGUUCUGUGACUGUUGCAACCCUUAAAAAUGACCUUUUAGGUGCCUUAUAAGAUGUCAUACUUUUUAUCAUCCAAAGUAUCAAUGAUAUUUUCCAUGUUGAUACUAAAUCUCAGUUGAUGUGGCCUCUAGGAAAAUGUGGCUACAGGUUACAUAUCUAAGGUAUUGUUUCAAAUUAUUACUUAAAAUUAGAAGAUGUACAAUUUAAACUGACACGACGUCUCUUUAGCGCAGGCAAUAUUCUUUAGUCUCAGCUCUUGAUGUGUGAUUUUCAUUUGAAUUGUCUAACCUUUGGGAAAGAAAUAUCAAUUCUGAAAAAAUAUUUUUAAGCGCUAAUCAGUCUAUUUUUGAAAACGGCUUGUUAUAGGGAAAAAAUCAGAUAGAGGUGGAAAAAUGUCAUGAGGGAGGGAGGGGGGGACUGGAUUCCGAAAGGGAAAUAUGUAAAUGUCGAAGCAAACCGAAGUUCAAUAACAAGGCAAAGGCCGAAGGUAAACUCUGGUAAACAGUCGUAUUGAAUCAGUUAAUGAUCGCUAACGGGUGCAUUUAAAAAAAAAACACACACACAAAGGAAAAACUUGAGCCUUGUAUCAGUAAAAAAUGAAACGCGGCUAUAAGUUGGAUGCAAAAUGUUAGUGAAUAAACAGACCAGUAAUCAACAUACAAACUCACCAGAGCUUGAACUUGAAAUCCAUCGCUUUCUGUAGAAUGAGAGCCCCUUGUGUUAUGGACUGCAACUUCGUAAGAGAAGUACAUUUGGCGUAUGGUACGAGUGACAAAUGUCUCUGGUACAUAGAUCCCUAGCUAUAAUCAAAAGCUAAAAUUAAGCCCCACAGCAAGGGCACAUUUGAGAGCCAAUUCAUUGCUUGUCUAGCUUCUGUCCCGCACGUACCCCUGGAAGUUUAGCCUGCGAAAACAUCCUUUUUUCCUCGCUCUUCGUCGCUGGGUUAGACUACAAGUAGUCCCCCAUUUCUCCUCCGGGAUGGUCGAGCGAGCGAAACGCGAGCGCGUGUGAAAAUCACCCCACGCGAGAAAAGGCGACACCGCGUCUCGUCUUUCUCGCGUGGGGUGAUUUUCACGCGCGCUCGCGUUUCGCUCGCUCUACUAUCCCUGAGGAAAAAUGGGGGACUACUCGUAGUCUACCGCUGGGUACGUUUCGAGGAGAAACGGAUGUUUUCGCAGGCUACUGGAGGUUGCCAAAUGACUAGAAGGGGUCCAUACUGUACAAAACGUGACAGAUAAUAAUUAACUAUUUUACGUCACGGUAGACUGGUUAGGAGUUUUAACAACAAUAUUUAUGUGUUGUUUCUAUGACCAGCUCGAGGCUUACGUACGUUGAAAACGUUAAUUGUAACAAAUUGUGACCCACAGUCAAGCACUCGGUUGUUAAAAGAGCUGUGAUCAUUCUGAACGAAUCUGAAAUGCUGUUCUCUCAAGACUAUUUUGUAAGAGUAAGACCAGUCGAUGCGAUGUUGCAGGCCGCUAAGUGAGGACAGUGAGAGAAAAGCAGGGCGCGAGAUAACGCGAUUUAUUUGGCCAAGCUGCAAGUUUAAGCUUAAUCGUCAUAGCGUCCUCCUUACACUUAUAUUCGAAGGACGAUGUGGAAAAUUAUGUUCACGAUUUUCUCACUGGUGGUCUUCUUGUGCGCCCAAAAUGUUGAUUCUUGGCGCCGAAGGAGACGCAGACGGGCUCCUCCUCCGUGCAGUGCUAGAGAUUGUACAGUUAGUUCGUGGAGCACGUGGAGUUCCUGCAGUCACCAGUGCGGGACUAGUGGAUCACAGAGAAGGACAAGAGCACAGACUUCCCCUGCGUCGUGUGGAGGAAGUUGUCCGUACACUUUCGAUCAAACUCGUGCGUGCAACAGGGACAAAUGUUAG